AUGUCCACCGUCAACCCAGCCUUCGAGGAGGCCAUCAAGGUCACCCCGCUAGGCGGGAACAAAUACAGCGCCCACCUCUCCCCGGAGUGGUGCAUUGGAACCGUUCCACACGGCGGCUACACAACAGCCGUAAUCUACAAACUAGUCCUAACGCACUUCGCUCACGCCCACCCAACCCGCUACAAGACCCCGGCCUCCCCGAUCUCCAUGCAACUCUCCUUCCUCCGUCGCACAUCCUCCGGCCCCGCCAUCUUAGAAGUUGAAGAUGUCAAGCUUGGCGCGCGUACAAGCACAAUCCACAUCAAGCUCCUGCAACCUUCCGAAAAGAAGCCAGGCACACACGAAGUCAUGGUCGCCGGCUACGUGACUGUCAGCCCGCCCGAGGCUGAAGUCGCCUUACCCCCUCCGCCGCCGGGCUCGCGCGCCGAUGGCUCGGUCGAUCUGGUCAAGCUGGGCCGUGAUGGCGUCGACGGCGCCUGGGCCAAGCUCGACCCGCCUUUCUUGGAGUUCCGUAAAGCGGCUGCGCAGCUCGAGCUUUAUGGGCCUGGUACUGGGGAGACGCAGCAGAAGCGAUCGGGGAGUAUGGGGAUUGAUCAGUGGUCGAGAUUCCGGCCUGGUGGUGAUCAGAAUGGACGGUGGACUGAUGCGGCAGUUGCGUAUCUGGUCGAUAUGUUUCCCAUGGCGUUGGAUGGGUUCGAUCAAGUGUCUGCUACUGCUGUGGCGGAGGAGAAGGGGACUUCUGUUUCGGAGCAGAGGGCGAAGUUCUGGUACCCCACUGUUACGCUUAAUGUGGAUAUGAAGAAGCACCUUCCUGCGGAGGGUGUGGAGUGGCUUUAUAGUCGGAUUGUGACGAAGGUUGUUAGGGAUGGGCGGACGGAUCUGGAGGUUACUAUUCUUGAUGAGGCGGGUGAGGUUGUUGCAUUGAGUACGCAGGUUGGAUUGGUAGUUAGUGCCAGCCGGAAUAUUGGGUCAAGGAAGGCUGAGAAAUUGUAG